AUGGCCAAUUCGCAGUAUGGCUAUGUCAGACUGGCAGAGCGUGACGAUACGCUCCUUCCUUCGACCUACCUCGUCGUCCGCAUCGACGGCAAGGGGUUCCACAAAUUCUCCAAGCGACACAAUUUCACCAAACCGAACGAUCUGGCCGCUUUGAGGCUCAUGAACCAUUCAGCCCGCAAUCUGAUGAUGUCAGACGCCGGUCAGACGAUCGUAGCUGCAUUCGGGCAAUCUGACGAGUACAGCUUUGUGCUCUCUCGCUCGACAACACUCUUUCUCCGACGCGAAAGCAAGAUCGUGACCACGUUUGUGUCGAUGUUCACAUCCUACUACGUGCGACUUUGGUCAUCCUACUUUCCGCAGUCACCGCUCGAAGAGCAAGAUGACGCGCCAAGCUUCGACGGACGAGUGGUGCAGUAUCCGCUGCGGUCAGAGGUCAUCGACUAUCUCAACUGGCGACAAGUUGACACACAUAUCAACAACCUGUACAACACUACAUUUUGGGCACUCGUGCAGCAAGGUGGCAAAAGCCCCAAAGAGGCUCAUGCGGCGCUGCAAGGUACAGUCUCUGCCGACAAGAACGAGACGCUCUUUACCCAGUUUGGCAUCAAUUACAGCAAAGUCGACCCGAUCUUUCGAAAGGGCACGCUCCUGCUGCGUACGUCGAUGACCACCGAAUCUGCAAGUGUCACCUCAGGGCCUAUCGUCACUGUCCACGAGGAUAUCAUCAAGCCAUCGUACUGGAAUCAGUCUGAUCGAUCAAAAGUCUUCCCGACGUAG